AUGAUUAUAUACAUACUAUUUUAUGUUGCUCAAACAACACUCAUAUCAUAAUCAUAUUCCAUUAAAAAAUAAGAAUAAGCAGUAGUUCAUUUAUCAAUCAUUAAAUAAUUCACAACAAAUUAUUAAUUUGGGGACUUAAAAUUUAAUCUAAGUAUAUAUGCUAAUCAUCCUUAUACAUUACUUUAUAUUCCAGAUUCAUCCUCUUAUGAAUAUCAUUGUGUGGCUGUUUUAAAAUUAAAUUAUUAAGAUUGCUUUAAGGAAAACAUCUUUAUUGAAGAUGAUGAAUAUAAAUGUUAAUAGAUUGUCACUUCCCAUCUUGAAUAAAAUAUUAAUGGAAAUCAAUCCUAAUUACCAUUUCUUAUUUGUGAUGGAUUUUAAAAUUUAACCAUUUCCAAUUUUCUAUACAGAGUUAAAAUAUAAUAACCUGAAAUACUUAUUACUCCUGCUUUUAUUUUAUAUAAUAGAUAUAUUACUUCUAAGGAAGGAAUAUUGGUAGAUUUCUCAAUGAAUUUGUAGGUACUCUAAUUAGAGUUAUGA